UAAAUCAUCAGGGGAAAUGUUCGUUCAAUUACAAAACGAAAGAUAUAUCGCUAAAGUAAGAGGUUUUAGUGCCUAACACACGUUUCCUUCUCUAUGGGGUUUAUGUGUGUAAGGGAAGGGCACCUCGUGUGGUUUCUACGGUCCUGAGACGAAGUAACAGUAUCGUAUGACUAUACGUUAAAUGAAAGGCCCGUUAAAAAUGUUAGUUUUUGGAUUUCGAAUAUUAUAUUAUUUCUCGUAAUAAUUCGUAUCAGAGUCCCCAAACUUUCGUAUCCUGAAAUUCUUAAUUUAACUCCUUAAAUUCUCAAGUAUUCAAACUCUAAAAUUCCCAAAGUCCGAAGUUUUAAAUCCACAAAGAUUCUCCAUAUACAAUCAUGGUAUAUGAUAUUGCCUACUAUUAUUCUAAAAAAAAUACUGAUCAUCCGAGAUUUGAUAGUUUAUAUUUGACACAUGUAUUUCAUUUAAAAAGAUACUUCCAAGAAAAACGGCACUUUCGGAAUAUCGUUCGAAGAUCGAUACUAAUAUUUCGAACGAUUUAAUCGGUUUGUUAUAGUACCGACUGUUAAAGAUUACUGCUGACAAGAUCAGUAACGGUCGGUUUACAUUAACAUGUGUAAUUUUAUUGUCCAGACUAGAAGAACAUUAAAAUGGCCAGGGUUCGGAUAGAGCGAGGUACGGUGCUGCAGUAGUCGAGGUGGGGGGUGGUGCGACGCAUGCGCAGUGAUGUACUCGUGCCCAGCUGUGCACGAACGUGAAAUGCGGCGCGGCUGGCGGUGGUGGCUGCUAGGAAAGCAAGCGAGCGAACGAGCGAGUAAGCGAGCAAGCAAAACAGGCAGAGGCUGCCCUCCUGUCUCCCCCACCCGUAGUAUGCCUCGCAGAGCCCAUGGCCUCCGUACACACGGAGGAGAGUGAGGCAGCCCCAGCCGCUCCUCACGUCAUCCGUUGAGAGAGAGACGACGGGCCUCGACACGGCGAGGAGCAAUAAUUCUAACGAGCCAAGAUGGCGGCGGACACGGUGGCCCUGUCCGCACUCACGCUCGCCAGGGGCGACAAGAUCCUCGUGACCGUCGAGUCCGCGCUACCGGACAUCGUUGUCGUGUCCUUCGUUCACGGUGCCAAGUGCUUCCAGGGCGCGUUGCUUGACGCCACCAAGAGAGGUCUCCCGUGUGGCGUGCAACCCCCGGAACCGGUGCCGGAUCCCGAUGGCGACAAAUUGGCCACGAUCGCAGCCCGUUUCAGCUAUUUCCAAGAGAGAAAGAGUUCGCUCGCCUCUGCGAAAGUUGAUCUUCGUAGGAACAUCAAUCCACCGGCCAGGUACAAGAAUGCACGACCAACGGUCAGGCUCAGGCCACGGCAGGUGUUGUGCAGUAAGUGCAGGUCGAUCUGCAACGAGAACAGCGAGAACGUGGAUGUCAGUAGAAAACGGAAACACGAGGAAGCGCAGUCGGAACAGCAGCAGAAUUCGCAGCAGCCCCAGGUCACGGGUCAUGGAUCCACCAGGAGGAGCGAUCGACGUUGCGGUCAACAGCCUCAGAAAACCUCGAGAGUGUUGUUCUCUCAGUGUCAGUCUGAAAACAUCAAGUCCUCGUCGUCCACCGAGCUGAGCCCCGAUUCGUCGAAGCUUGGACCGUCUCUCAUACCGAAGAUCUCGAGACUACAGCCGAACGAGAUCAACAACGCCAUGCAGGGAACUGAAAAAGUGAAGCUCGGUCAAUCGUACUGGAACAACCGAGCCGACGAGGGAGAUUCGGCGGCUAACGCGAUCGAGCCAACGGAGGAGCGCAUGGAGUCAACGGACUGCGAUAGUAAUCCGUCAAUGGCGUACUGUGCCACGCCCAGAAGACUUAGUAGUUCGUCGGUAGAAAGUGCAAAGGUACCCGAGGAAGAGGAGAAGAAGACGUUCGCGGCAGCGGAUUCGACAAUGAGGCCAAGAGCCGGUCGAGUACCUAGGAAGAAACGAUCCGUUGGAUCGAUGGAGGAUCUGUGGGACGAGACCGUGUUCGAGGACCCGACGAGAACGGCCAGAACCACGCCGGUGAUUAAGAUCUCCUUUGGUGCUCAGGGCGAAGGUACUGUACUGAAGAUACCCUCGAAGAUACAAGAUCCAGAGUACGAACAGGAAACCGACGAUGCCGAGGACGUACAAACGGAGACGGAGAGAGAUCCACUGGAAUUACCGAGGACUUUCGACAACGAUUAUACUUAUCGCGAGGACGCCGAGGAGGAUGGACAAGAACAGGUGGAUCCUCAGAAACAAGGUGUGAAGGAUGCCAGUGCUAAAGCGGCGAAGCGAGCGUUGAAAAAGGCAAAGAAGGAAGCCAGAAGAAAGAUGCUCGGUGGUGUCUCUCCAGCGAGAUCCCCUUGUAACGGAUCUCCACGGUAUAAUCCCACGUACGACUCCUUAUCGUAUCACCGUCGCAAGCAUAAAGUGAAGCAUAAAAAAAAGCACAAGGAAGACCGGAAACAUAAGAACCAGCAGCAUCAGCAGCCCUGUCUGGAGUCCGGCAGCACCGAGAAUCAGCAAAACUGGAAUGUACUGCCGGGUAGCGAAUCGUACACAGCCAUAAAGGAGCAGUGCCUCAAGCAAAAAUUAUCCAUAUCUCUAAAGAGAUUGAACACAAACGCUUAUGCCAGAUGUGAUUACCCUGUGAGCAAUGCCUCUUCCGGUUGUAAGAGUCCUGGUGCCAGCAGCGACGAAUUGAGCGAACAAGAACCCGAGGUGGACGCUGGUGAAACUGCACCUGACUUUCCACCGCAGUCGCAUCCUCUGAUGAUGCGCCUAGCCGCGACACCUGUCGAACAUUGUCUCACCGCUAAUGGCAGAAGAAUGGACGUUGGUGAUGUUGUGUGGGGGAAGAUUCAUGGGUUCCCUUGGUGGCCUGGAAAAGUUCUUAGCAUCACAGUUUCUUGUAAAGAAGACGGCACAUCUUCUGGGCCACAGGCUCACGUUGCCUGGUACGGGUCUUCGACAAGUUCUCUGAUGUCGUGUGAUCAGUUGAGUCCAUUUUUGGAAACGUUCAAGACACGGUACAAUAAGAAGAAACGAGGGCCGUACAAGGAGGCGAUACGACAGGCACAGAACGAAGCUCGAAAUCAGAUCACGCCAAACUCGACGAGCAGCGUGUUAAACGUUUGUGGCUCACCGCGCGAGGUCAACGUUCUUUCCUAAGGGAAGGUGCACGCCACUCGACACCAUUCCUUACUGCCGAGUAUCCGUCGGUCGAGAUAAUUCAAGCGACGGAUCGAAAUCGUCAUGUAAUAUAUUACAAAUUUUGUACAUAAUGACUAGCAUUAAUGAAAUAGCUUUUUGAUCGAUGUUCCGAUCAACGGUCACGCCUGCCGUCGUUCGCGACGAUUCAUGGUGAACAGACUCCGAAUGAAGUUUACUGCCAUCACUGGCAAUGUCCUUUCUUUCAUUUUCUUUUUUUAUUCUUAGCUUUUUUUCGAGCGAACAUUUAGCAGAUAAGAAGUAUCUAGAUAGGGUGUAACGUAGAGAUAAUAACGUCGUCUCUCGAGAAUAAUUUCGUACUAAAAUGAAAAAAAAAGUAUGCGACUUCUACGAUAGGUACACACAUACACAUACAUACACACACACAGACACGGGUGUCGUCGUGUUUCAUUAGUUAGCGAUACUCGUUACUUAAAUUCUUUCUUGUAUACGUAUAUGUAUGUAUACAUAUAUAUGUAUAUUUGUAUUAACGAUUUCAUUGUGAUCAUUAUCGGAAAAAUCGUACGUACUAUGAUCCAGUGUGGGCAGUGAAUCUUCGAUACAGUCCGUAGACGUUGCUGAAUAGAACACGAUCGAUGAAUUACUCGAUCUGUCGUGGUAUCAUGACGGAAUCAAGAACGUGGACAAUACCUUUGACAAAGUGAAGUUACCCACGAUACUUUAACUACUUCUUUGCACGAAGAAUUGCUAAAUACCAGUGAGGUUUUUAUCGAAAGAAUGGAACUGUAAGUUUUAAAUCGUAGAGCGAGUACUUUUAAGCAACCUAGUAUAAAUGAUUGAUUCUAGCCAUUGGAACGAAAGGUUUUCUUUUAAUAGAAGAGUAGAUCCUCUUUACUAUUUUUUAAUUACCGAGUACGCGAAAGCAUUAGAGCAUACUUGAAUACGAGAUUUUAUCUGAUUUUACAUAGAAUACAAAGAAAAUAUUUUUAAUUCAAUACUUCCAUGUAAAAAGGUAGUUCGUUCCAAUUGCAAGAACCAUCUUACGUAGUCGAAAUCAAUGCAACUUCCUAAAAACGAAAUAAUUAUUAAAUUAAAUCUACUUCAGAUUUCGUUUUUCGUGCUUUAGCAGAACAGAUUACGAAUAGAACACUUCGCGAAUGUUUUGUACUCCGCAUUCUUUGUUAACUGAAAAGCAAAGUUAAGCGUGUGACAGCGAAGUAUAAUAUUAUUUUAUUGUACAGAUAUUUAUUGUUAACAUUCACAAAUCCGAUUCGUUAUUGUAAUGGUAAAAAAAUUACAGUUAUAGCGAAUUAAAAUUUUAAGUAUCAGUUACUUAGCGUUAUUGAUUCUCUGACAAAUUUUAGUUUAUUAGCUGAAAUUCGUCGUAGCAGACUGUUACACAGUUUUCAGUUCCAAGUUUCAUGAUUCAUAUUUCAAGAUCAUGCGCUUAACUUGACAACUUUGUUUACGCUUCGUGCCAACACUGCCAAGGAAUGCAAUUGCUGCUCCGAAUGAAUUUGAUCACUCAAAGAACAAUGUUCAUUCUCAGAACCCUAAGGUGAUCCUUGUCAAGAUAAUCGGGGUGAAUUUCGAAUAUUAACCUGCAAAAAUAAAACUAAUUGUAAUAUACAUUUAAGCUUCUUUCUAUCCUCUUAAAAAAAAAGAAAAAAGGAUAAUCGAAAUUCACUCGUCUAUGUUUAAUUAUUGUCAUAUCAACGUUAUGGAAACAUUUUAUUAAAAAUUAUUGUUAUACUGGUUCCGAUCACGCGUAUUCCAGUCUGUUGACGGUUUUCUUCCGUUUUAGAUUUCUUUUUCUGUGUCGAUUACGGUACAAUUAAAUCGAGAUUUUAAUUGACCGUCUAGCGAGGGAAAUAAAUAAUUUACUGCGACGAUUAGUACUUAAGAGUUCUCCUGCUUCGACUUUCUUUUUCGCGAAGGUCUGUCACUGCCUUUACAGACUUUCUUUCUUUAUUUUUUUACAUUUAGUCGACUGUGUUCAAGCUCUAUCGCUCCAUCGAUCACGAGAUCAAUUUUCAAAAAUAACCCUCUGUUAUAAUAUAAUAAUCACAGAACGUGAAGUUUAUAUAAGCGUUUUGACGAAAGAGUUAGUCCACCGUAAAGGAAGAUAAGUAUGGAGCGACAAGGAUCGAACGAAACGUAAAAAAGUAAACAAUUACGAAAAUGAUUUAGCGAAUGAGUGCACAUGCGAGAGUAAGAAGAAGCGAUAAACUGAGAUGUUUUUUAAGUAACUGUGAUUUUUUCAAAUGUUUUAUAUUAUAUACAUAUAUAUACAUGUGACAUAAAUAUGACGAAUUAAUUUCUAACGCAUAAUAUAAACGAGAAAAAUUUGUUGUUUCGAUGUCGCUGUGUUUAUACGAACAUCGUAGAAUGAUUCGUUCGACUAACAUAUCGAGUAGAAGCGUACCGAACCAAUUGAUUCAUCGUAACUCGAUCCGUGAUUAAUCAGGAUCAUUAUUAUUAUUGCGAUUAGGUAUGUGCGAGUGAUGCGUUGCCUAAAAAAAAGUAAAAAAAAAGACAAAAAACAAAAAAAAAAUCUUUACGAAUGAAGUUCCAUUGUCGAUUGCUUGCAUUGUAAAAAAAGAGCCUCGUGUCAUCGUUGUCGCGUAUCCUUCAUUGUGUAAUUGGCGACACGUGCACACGAUCACACGUACACGUAAUACGUAUGCAACAUACACAUACACUUCUACACGUAGCUUAUGUGUUCAUAUAUAUACUUUUCGUCGAAAGGAUCGCCGUUCGCUGUGUCGCAAUUUGUCAAUUACUUUCGUUCUGCUUAACAUCGGUUCACCUUUCGUCGAGCUAACGAAUUGCUAGAAUUGCCGAAAUUUGCGAGGUGCACAAUUUUUGAGCUUUGCAUAAUUAUGAAGUAUUUACAAAUUUUUAUAAUUAUGGAUUCUUUGACAAUUUAGACUUUUUCGAAUGACGAAUCCUUCAUAAUUAUGUGAAAUUUGAGCUAAUUUCUCAGAGGUGUACACUUUCAUUGGUAAAAGAAACGUCAUACAACCCUUCUAAUUUUUAUGAAUUCAUAGAAUAGUCAAUGUUUAAAAUAUUUUUUAACGAAAGUAAUUUGAUGAAAAUUAGCAGUAACCUUUAUAAAAAAUUGUACUUUAAUUUAUAAAGUCGUGUAAAUCUUUUCAUGAAAGUUAGGAGGAGAGGUUUGACGCUGUUAAUCGAAUUUAGUACUUAAUCGACAAUAGAGAAUGAUAAUAUUGUUCGAUCUUUGGGGUGUGAACGUACUCUCUAUUUUCAAUAAAAUAAAUUGUGAAGAGAAACAGUGACGCUAACGAUUCGUAGUGAACUGAAGCAUCCGAUAUCUGUAAUAUUUUGAACAAGUUGACUGCCAUAAGGGUCACCAGUAGGGUUGUAAAACGAAUAGUUGAACUAUUCGAUAAUUUCCAACAUUCGAAAUGUUCGAAUUUCGAAUUGCACCGAAUACUCCCACGUUUCGAAUAUUGGAAUGACUUUCGAUAAGAUCUGUUUAUUUGCUCGUUUGCAACUUUAGUUAGUCCGAUUUGAACAAGUAGCAUCGUAACACGAGGGGAGUCUGAUACAUAGAGUAUGUAUCUUUUUUAUCUUGACGAUAAAAUGGUUGAUGUCGAGUGUUUUUGUAACUUCUCGAAGGCAUCGACGUUUCCCAAAUUAAUUGGGAGCCAUGAAUAUUUUCGCAAACACAGUAUUUUAGUCUGUACAAGUGCAAAUUCCAUAGGACAACCUUUCGGUAGGGUUUGUAAAAAAAAAUGAAACAAGUCGAAUAAAGAUAUAUAGAUAUAUAUAUUUUUUUUAUCAAACAAUACACACACACACAUACACGUAAACACGAAUAAUGUGUAAUAGUUUAGUGAAUGAUACGGCUUUUUGUAACAGUUCGAAAACGACAUCGCUGCGGUAGCAUCCUCUCUUUUUUUGUAUCUCUGUUCUGUCGUUGUGAGGGUGUGUUGCAAUAAACUUGAAUUUUUACGUAUCUGGAUCAAUUCACGAAGGAAUUCAAAGGACAAUCGAAACGUAUAGACUCCUUGGUCCUCUAGACUUUCCCAUGAAGCUAAAUUUUCAUCUCUUCCUCGCACUUCCUCUUUCGAAUUCCUCUCUUACGAAUCAAGUGUAGAUAAUUUUAUGUUGGUUUUUAAAGGAGAAUCUCGACAAAUGUGCAUCCGAACUCGUUACUAUCAUCAGACGCUAAGUAAAAUAACGCUCGAUCCGCGUUAUCGCUGAAUCUCCGUUAAUGCUUCACCACUAACCCUCGUCGAUUAUGGAACAAGGGGAGAAAAAAGGGGAACAGCUUUUUUCAUUAUCUAGAUGAUCUCAUUUUCUGCCUGUAGUCUCGAUAUAGCGAGGUCGUAAAUAAAAUCCUAGAUACACACUGAAAUUUUCUAGGAUACUGCAUUACAUUUCGAAUUAUAAUAAUUCAACAUUGUAAUAAUAAUUGGAACAUUUGGAUUCGUCGAGUUAAUAAAAAAUUUUCAAAUUUCAUAAAUUGAUUGACAAAUUUUUAAAUUUCUUUUGGAUUUUAGUGACUUUAAUUUUGAUAACAUUUAACAACGCAAAAUCGUUGUUAGAACAUAUCAAUGCUAGAACGUGUACAAUUUAAAGCUUCUGCCACGAUUAAUUCUUAUCAUUGCACGGUCGAGGAACACCAAGUUUACUCGUUUCGCAAUCAGUAGCAUCGUGAACUCGCUGAAAGCGAUUCCGACAAUUGAAUAAUUGAAUCGCGGUCGGUACAAUAACAUGCUGAACGAUUAAGUCGUGAAAAACGUUUCGUAAAAAAGGGUUUUAGUGAACAGGAAACAUCGUUUUAACACGUUGAAUGCUGCAGUGAUGAAAAUUAUGUACGAUUUCAUAUUCUAAAAUUGUUCGGAGUGCUUAAUUUUGUGGAAUUGAAAAAUUGGGUGAAGAAACACUGUGACUAACAAUUUAAAUACUCGAGGUUAGCUUUUUAUACUUUGCACACCAUAGUCAAAAUUAAAAAAGAUUUGUGACAGGGUGACCCUCGUGACAUUCAACGUGUUAAACUCUGGUGGAAAUUUUGAAGAGUUACCGCGGAUUAAACCGGAAGAUUGAUCGACGGCCGAAGAUAUUUUUAGAGUUAUCAGUGUCAUUUAUCAGCGUUCGAUUACGAGUGUUCCGAAGAAGCGUUAAUUGUUUCAAUCGCUUUAUCUCCGAACUAUCUUUUCUAUCACAACGAAUUUGUCAAGUUUAUGAAUUCACCGAUUUGUACGUUCAGAAAUCAAUUUUCUUCGUCGGAUCUUUCGGAAAAAUUCUUUUCAACAUUUACAAACUCACAACAUAAUUAGCAUGCUUCCCCUUAAUUUUUACGAUAUAUCUUCCUCAUGAUUCAACAGAUUCAAAGAAGAAAAUUGAAUUUUCUCCAAUCGUUGAAAUCUUCAAACCUUGUUUCGCAAAGUAACGAAAUUAUCUUGCUCAGACUUUAUGUUGAAAUAAAAUUGCAUCGAGGCUAAUCGAUAAGGAAUAUUGUAUAUUAAUAAACAAUUCUUGUAACGAUUUCGUAAAUCA